AUGGUUCUCCAAGAUCUCGGCCGCCGUAUCAACACGGCGGUCACCGACCUCACCAGGGCCCCUAACCUGGACGAGAAGGCCUUCGAUUCCAUGCUCAAGGAGAUCUCCGCCGCCCUUCUCGAAGCCGAUGUCAACGUCAGACUCGUCAGCCAGCUGCGAAAGUCGAUCAAGAGCACCGUCAACUUCAAAGACCUGCCCCCCGCCGUCAACAAGAAGCGCCUCAUCCAAAAGACCGUCUUUGACGAGCUCGUGCGUCUAGUCGACCCCCAUGCCGAACCUUUCAAGCCCAAGAAGGGCAAGAGCAAUGUCAUCAUGUUUGUCGGUCUGCAGGGUGCCGGUAAGACGACGACGUGUACCAAGCUCGCGAGGCAUUACCAGAGCCGCGGCUUCAAGGCCUGCCUGGUGUGCGCCGAUACCUUCCGUGCCGGUGCCUUUGACCAGCUCAAGCAGAACGCCACCAAGGCCAAAAUCCCCUAUUACGGCUCACUCACCGAGACCGACCCGGCUGUCGUUGCGAAGGAGGGUGUCGACAAGUUCAAGAAGGAGCGCUUCGAGAUCAUCAUCGUCGAUACCUCUGGAAGACAUAGACAAGAGUCGGCUCUGUUCCAGGAGAUGGUGGAUAUCCAGAGUGCGAUCCGACCGGAUGAGACAAUCAUGGUGCUGGAUUCAAGUAUCGGUCAACAGGCCGAGGCGCAGGCCAAGGCGUUCAAGGAGUCGGCGGACUUUGGUGCCAUCAUCAUCACCAAGACCGAUGGUCACGCCGCUGGUGGUGGUGCCAUUUCUGCUGUCGCGGCUACACACACUCCCAUCGUCUUCAUCGGUACCGGCGAGCACAUGCUCGAUCUCGAACGGUUUGCGCCCCAACAGUUCAUCCAGAAGCUCCUCGGAUAUGGUGAUAUGGCAGGACUGGUGGAGCACGUGCAGUCACUCAAGCUGGACCAGAAGGAGACGAUCAAGCACAUCAGCGAAGGCAUCUUCACCAUCCGCGACCUUCGCGACCAACUUCAAAACAUCAUGAAGAUGGGGCCUCUGUCAAAGAUGGCGGGCAUGAUCCCCGGCAUGAGCAACAUGAUGCAGGGCAUGGACGAUGAGGAGGGCGGCUCCAAGCUCAAGCGCAUGAUCUACAUUUGCGACUCGAUGACGGACAAGGAGCUCGACUCGGACGGCAAGAUGUUCAUCGACCAGCCGAGCCGCAUGACGCGCGUCGCCCGCGGCUCGGGCACGCACGUGCGCGAGGUCGAGGACCUGCUCACGCAGCAGCGCAUGAUGGCGGGCAUGGCCAAGAAGAUGGGCGGCAACAUGAAGAACAUGCAGAGGGCGCAGCAGGCCAUGGCCGGCGGCAACAAGCAGCAGCAGCUGGCGGCCAUGCAGAAGCGGCUGCAGAGCAUGGGCGGCGCCGGCGGGGCGGGCGGCAUGCCCGACAUGGGCAGCCUGAUGAAGAUGCUCGGCGGCGGUGGCGGUGGCGCUGGUGCCGGCGGCAUGCCCGACAUGCAGGCCAUGAUGAGGCAGAUGGGCAUGGGCGGCAUGGGCGGCAUGAUGGGCGGUGGUGGCCAGGGCGGACGUGGCGGUCGGAGGUAG